UACGGCCAGUCUCCCUCCCACCUAGCUCCUGGAUACACCCCCAGCUGGCUCGGCGCCUCCUGGGGUCCCAUUCCCUCGCCGUCAAGUUUCCUGCACCUCGGGUUUCUCAAACAAUUAGGUCUACAUCCUAAAUGGCAAUUUGUUGAUGUAUAUGGAAUGGAUCCUGAACUCCUUAGCAUGGUACCAAGACCAGUGUGUGCAGUAUUACUUCUCUUCCCUAUUACAGAAAAGUAUGAAGUAUUCAGAACAGAAGAGGAGGAAAAAAUAAAAUCUCAGGGACAAGAUGUUAAAUCGUCAGUAUAUUUCAUGAAGCAAACAAUCAGCAAUGCCUGUGGAACAAUUGGACUGAUCCAUGCUAUUGCCAACAAUAAAGACAAGAUGCAUUUUGAAUCUGGAUCAACCUUGAAAAAAUUCCUAGAGGAGUCUGUGUCAAUGAGCCCUGAAGAACGAGCCAGAUAUCUGGAGAACUAUGACGCUAUUCGAGUUACUCAUGAGACCAGUGCCCAUGAAGGUCAGACUGAGUCCUCCUCGCCAUCCUCAUCACAGCCUCAUUGUAGCCACUGCAGAACGAAGGCCUCAUCAUUGUGUCACCAUGCAUCCCUGCCCUGGGUCAAACGUAACCAUGUAGACCCUGCAAAGGCUACCAGUCCAUCUCUCCGUCUUCGUCGCUGGCGACCCUUCUUACGCCUACCAUCUUUGGGUCUCCAUUCUGUUGCACCAAAUAUAGAUGAAAAAGUAGAUCUUCAUUUUAUUGCAUUAGUUCACGUAGACGGGCAUCUCUAUGAAUUAGAUGGACGGAAACCAUUUCCAAUUAACCAUGGUGAAACUAGUGAUGAAACGUUAUUAGAGGAUGCCAUAGAAGUUUGCAAGAAGUUUAUGGAACGUGACCCUGAUGAAUUGAGAUUCAAUGCAAUUGCUCUUUCUGCAGCAUAGUUUGUCAUAAUGGAAACACCAAGUACUGUAUUAUUUGCAACAAAAAUUUAAUUUCUGCUGCCAUACACUAACUCAAAAAUUUUGAUAUUUUCAUUAACUUGACCGAUUAAACUUUAUGUGAAUUAAA